GUUUAGGAUGGAACCCUGGCCUCUUGAGCUACCAGUUGAUGCAGUGCGGCGCAUCGCGGCUGAACUCAAUUGUGACCCAACGGAUGAGAGGGUUGCUCUCCGCUUGGAUGAGGAAGAUAAACUGAGUCAUUUUAGGGACUGUUUUUAUAUUCCCAAAAUGCGGGACCUGCCUUCAAUUGAUCUAUCUUUAGUGAAUGAAGAUGACAAUGCUAUCUAUUUCCUGGGAAAUUCCCUUGGCCUUCAACCAAAACUGGUUAGGACAUACCUGGAGGAAGAACUGGAUAAAUGGGCCAAGAUGGGAGCCUACGGUCAUGAUGUAGGGAAACGCCCUUGGAUUAUAGGGGAUGAGAGCAUUGUAAGCCUUAUGAAGGACAUUGUAGGAGCCCAUGAGAAAGAAAUAGCUCUAAUGAAUGCUUUGACUGUUAAUUUACAUCUCCUGCUGUUAUCAUUCUAUAAGCCUACACCAAAGCGGCACAAAAUUCUUCUAGAAGCCAAAGCCUUCCCUUCUGAUCAUUAUGCUAUUGAGUCACAGAUUCAACUUCAUGGACUUGAUGUUGAAAAAAGUAUGCGGAUGAUAAAGCCACGAGAGGGGGAAGAGACCUUAAGGAUGGAGGACAUACUGGAAGUCAUCAAGGAGGAAGGAGACUCGAUUGCAGUGAUUCUGUUCAGUGGACUGCACUUUUAUACUGGACAGCUGUUCAACAUUCCUGCCAUCACAAAAGCUGGACAUGCAAAGGGCUGUUUUGUGGGCUUUGACCUAGCACAUGCAGUUGGAAAUGUCGAACUCCGCUUACAUGACUGGGGUGUUGACUUUGCCUGCUGGUGUUCCUACAAGUAUUUAAAUUCAGGAGCCGGAGGUCUGGCUGGUGCCUUCAUCCAUGAGAAACAUGCCCAUACAAUCAAGCCUGUGUUAGUGGGAUGGUUCGGCCAUGAACUCAGUACAAGAUUUAACAUGGAUAACAAACUACAGUUAAUCCCUGGGGUCAAUGGAUUCCGAAUUUCCAAUCCUCCCAUUCUGUUGGUCUGCUCCUUGCAUGCCAGUUUAGAGGUCUUUCAGCAAGCAACUAUGACUGCGCUGAGAAGAAAAUCCAUUCUGCUGACAGGUUAUCUGGAAUACAUGCUCAAACAUUACCACAGCAAAGAUAGCACAGCAAACAAGCGGCCAAUUGUGAACAUAAUCACCCCGUCUAGAGCAGAGGAGCGAGGCUGCCAGUUAACGCUGACCUUUUCCAUUCCCAAGAAAAGCAUUUUUAAGGAACUAGAAAAAAGAGGAGUCGUUUGUGACAAGCGUGAACCAGACGGUAUUCGUGUGGCCCCCGUUCCUCUCUAUAAUUCUUUCCAUGACGUUUAUAAGUUCAUCAGACUGCUCACUUCCAUACUUGACUUUACAGAAAAAAACUAGCCAUGUUUUCUAGAAUAACUCAAGUAAUCUCACUGAAAGCUGCUGGAAUGUUCACUUCUAUUGAAUUUUAGUCAUUAAAAAGUUUCCAGAAAUUUAUUGCAUAAAAUGAUAAUAAUUAUAUAAAUUUACAUAAAACUUGGUAUUUGUUUUAAUAUCUGUGUCACUGGGGAAUGUGGUGUCUUGUGGACCACGAAGUCACACUUUACAUGACUCUAGCCUAUGGAUCACUGUCUUGAUCAGCUGUCUCAUUCCAUGGUCACUGAAAUGUUUUCUGUUUAAUUUGUGACUGAGCUGACAAUGUAUGUGGACUUCUUUUAUAAAUGUUGGAAGUAUUAUUUUAGUUUUGAUGUAGAAAAGAGUUUUAUUUUUAAUACUUGUAAUUGAAUCAUCUGAAAUAUGUUUGAAAUUAUGUUUUAUCUAAUUCUAGGAAAAGAAAACAAACUUCCUAAGCUGUUACAGUCUCUGUCUCUGUCUCUGUCUCUCUGUUUCUCUGUCUCUGUCUCUCUCUUUCUCUAGUGUGUGUGUCUGUGUGUUUGUGUGUCUAUGUGUCUGUGUAUACCCAUGAUGUAAGUACCUAUGCUUAAACGGUGAGAGUACUUGGCCCUACAUGUGAAGCCAGUGGUUAACAAUGGACAUAUUCCUAAAUCAGUUUAAAUUUUUAUUUAUUUAUUUUUAUGUGUAUGGAUGUUUUGCCUGCAUGUAUGUCUGUGCAUGAUGUACAUGCCAUGUCUACAGAAGGUAGAAGAUGGCAUCAGGUCACCUGGGACUGGAAUUACAGAGCCACUCUGCAGGUACUAGGAAUCGAACCCAAGUCCUUUGGACAAGUAGCCAAUGCUCUUAUUCUUGAAACAUCUCUCCAGCCCUUUUACCUUAUAUUUUGAUACAGGCUUUCUCCCCAACCCUGAGACUCACUACUUCAUCUAGUGUGGCUGGCCAGUGAGUCUUCUGAGUUUCUCUGUCUCUGCACUCCAAUGAGUGCUGGGUUACAGCUGUGCACUGCUGCACAUAGAUGUUUGCAUGUCUACUGAGAUCUGAACAUGGUCUUUAUGUUUGUGCAGCAAUCGAGCCAUCCCCCAGUCAUUGCUUUUUGAUGCCAUUAGUCGUAUACAUUUAUUGGCAAAGUAUUCUAAAUUUGCAUGUAUAGAGAGCAGAUUAUAAUUGAUAAACUUGAAUGAAACAGAGUCAGAUAUUUUUGAUGCAAUAAAUAAUAAGAUAUAAAACUGUGACAAUAGCUAACAACACACACAAAACUCUUGCUUAUCUGGCAGUUCAGUUCCAAAUGUUGCACACAUAUGUUUGUUAACAUAGCAAAGUUUUACACUGCAUUAUUUUACCUUCAUUAAUGGGUGGCUAUCAAGACCUGGAACGUCAUCCUUGGACAGAUUCCUAUGUGAGUCUGUUUUUGGGUCUCAGUGGUCAACAAAAAAAAACAUGGUUUCCAUUUUGAAGGAACAUAUUACCCUGGAACUAUUCAUCAUGGAAAAAAUAAAA